AUGGCUUCGUGCGGCGGCCGGUUCGAGCAGUUCAUCGAAGAUGGGGAGAAAGACUUCGAGUCGUACGUCGAGCGGAUGGAACACUAUCUUCGAGCAACGAAGGUGAGCGAAGACUUGAAAGUCUCGGUCUUCGUAACGGCCAUCGGGAAGCAAGCGUACCGCACGUUGAAGACGCUGUUAACACCAGUGAAGCCAGAACAAAAGGACUAUGCGCAUCUGGUCGCGGUCCUCAGGGAGCAUUACGCUCCGAAGCCGAUGGUAAUCGCCGAGCGAUUCAGAUUCAACCGGAGGGCCCAGCUCGAGAAGGAAACGAUGGCGACAUACACGGUUGAGUUAAAAAGGCUCGCGGCCACCUGCGAGUUCGGGCAGUUCCUGGAUGAAGCACUCCGGGACCGUUUUGUCGCGGGGCUAAAGGACCAGGCAGCCCAAGCAGAGCUUCUAAAAAAGAAAACUCUAACUUUUUCGGCGGCAUGCGACAUUGCCAGAAGCAUUGAACUCGCACGAGCAGAGACCAAGAUAUUUCAGCCAGCAGCCUCUAAACAACUAGAGGUGAACGCCGUCCAACGUCUAGGCCCAAACAGGAACGUCGGAGCGGCUACCAGGAAGGCGACGAUGGAAGUCAACACUGAGAGGCCCGAGGCGUCAGGCUGUUUCCGCUGCGGAGCACCCCAUCACGCGUCAAGUUGCCCGUUUCGGAAGUACAAGUGCCGAGCGUGUAGAUGA